GAAGCAGAAUAUGGGUCAUUCCAAAAAUGGCGGCGGUUUCUGGUAGUGUGAAGUGAAACUUUCCAAAUAUUGCUGAUAAAACAUAGCUAUUCUUUAAUCUAUUUUUAUGAUUGUCGUCGAGCAGAUAUUAAAGUAAUUAUUGUUGGACUACUGCUGUAUCUGACAUCAAGCAACACGGUCGAAUGAAGAUCGCGAACGGUGGGCUUUCCUCAAAGUUGACGCUGUCCUUGCAAAUCAAUGGACAAGCUUCAGGACCUCAGCCAAUCCGAGUUGGAGGAUUUGCUGGACAAUACAGAGCGGGUGGAGUCCAUGGCAUUGGAAUCUGAUGAGAUUCAGAACAUCCAGCUGGAGAGGGAGAUGGCACUGGCCUCCAACCGUAACCUGGCAGAACAGAACCUGGACAUGAAGCCUCGCCUGGAGAGACAGAGAGAACAUCUAGUGGAGAGAUACUCUGAACUGGAGGGAGUCAGAGAGAUCUACAGACAACACUGUGACCAGAAAGAUGGCAUCAUGGGGCAGGUAUCACCAGAGGGGUUGUUCUCCAGACUCCAGACAGAGGGCGCCAGCACAGAGACUGAGUCAGAGAGUCUGGCAGAUGAGUUUCUGGAUGGCCAGCUGUCUCUGGACUCGUUCCUUGACCGCUUCCUCUCCCUCCGCUCCCUCGCUCACAAAAGACGAGUGCGGAUAGAGAAACUGCAGGAGAUCCUGCGCCAGAAGAAGGAGACCGCCGCCGUUGACGCCGGCUCCAUGACAUCACAAACAAGCGCCAAUCAGGACCCAGCGACAACACAGUCAUCGCCAUGGAAUCAUCAUCAUCAAGCUCCUCAGCAACAACAACCGCAGCAGAAUUCCAAUCCCAACAAUCACUCUAGCUUCCAAAACCCCUCUUCCCAAAAUGGCCCUGGCUCCGCCCUACCUUACACCCCUUACCCCGUCUCCCCUCCUAACCCGACAGCCACUUCCGCAGGACCAGGCCCGUCCAUUCCCCCAGGUCAAUUUCCUCCCUAUCCCAGCCCCGGCUCACCUUUCACCUCAGCGGCGAGCUACUCAGCCCGUCCCGCUUUCGGGCCUCCGGCCAAUACCUGCCCAUACCCCACCCAGCCCACGUUCCCUGGCGUACCCGGCUCAGGGUCUGCGUUCGGGCAGUACAGCGCCCCCUACCCUUCUGCGUACCCUUACGGCGGGAUUGAGGGGUAUAGCUACCCCACGGGCCCUGCUCUGCCCAACUCUCAGUCCCCCACAGGCAGGCCAUUGUACAGGCCCGGGUUUGGAGUGCCACAGCCCUACUCCUGAACCUCCCUCUGUUCUCACCUCGUCACUCCUCUCCCACCACACAUUCUCCAGUCUCUCCCUCAUUUUGCUCUCUUUCUCUCUCUCUUUUUCUCUCUCUCUUUCUCUCUUUCUCUUUCUCUCUCUCUCUUUCUCUCUCUUUCUCUUUCUCUCUCUUUCUCUCUCUCUCU